UGUACUAGUUAAUGUACGACUCAUGCAUGAAUGACCUGAUUAGGAUGAAAAACAAUGCACAUUCGAUUCAAAGUAAUACUUACAUUAACACUGCACUCUAGUGGCAACAUUUUUGGGUUGCACAUGGAAUUUAGCCUAUAGUAUAGCUCGACAAAACACAAAUUAAACUAGUUUCUUAACUGGGCACUUUUACCACUGAUUUUUGGCUAAAAAAGGGCGUAUAUUUACAGCGAUUUGCACGCUAUAGACAUUUUAUUCUUAAUCAUAUAUAGUAGUUAGAAACAUACCACAGAUCUGUUUAUUCGGCAAAGGAAGAGUUAAAUGCCAAUAUGUAUCCUGAUUGGAUCAUAUGAGAUUCCGAUAAGCCAAUUCAAAAACAGAACGGCAAGAAGAACCCGCCCGAUACGCUUGUCGUAACAUCCGUGUCAUUAAUAUGUUACGCGCCAAAUUUGUACUGUAUUGGUGUACAGUGUAGACACCGACAAGAGCGUGUUUGGGAGAUCUUAAAAUGUCUGAACAAGAAGGAUAUUCCCCGAGUUUCAAGAGGCCCGCUGACAUUCUGCGGAUUUGCAGGAAGAGAACUCGCAGCGAGGGAGUGGGUGCAGCCGGUCGAGUCGCUGGGAGUAGUCCCGGCGUGUCAGUACCGGGAGUCAGGCCGUUUUCGCCCGGACCGCUCUUUGGCUCACCGAAACUAUCCGGUGGCGGAGUUAAGCGCAGGAAUCCAUUCGCCAAUGUCGAGAACACACACAGUAAGCCGAAGAGGCGAGCCAUUCUGAGUCCGGGUGGGGAUGCGGACCACACUGAGCGGAAGCCCAUCAUUGAGGCCGGGGAAGAUGGUCCCUCUGCGCCUGUGCCGCUUGGACAGCUCCUUACACGGGCUGAAAGAGCUGAUCAAAAGAAGCCGCUUUCUCUCAGUGACGAUGACUCCGUGUUCGAUGAUUUGUUUUCGGGCGAAGGGAGACCGUCCGCAGCCUACCCGAGCGGUAACGCGCCCGCAGUCAAUGGUGCUACCCCCCCUGGGGACUAUCCGGCAGACUGGAGCCUGAAGACGCGGCUGCUUAUCAUGUCGCCCCUCAGCUUCUCCUGGGCCGAACACUUGAAGGCGCAGGAAGUGGCACUGGGGCUCACACAGAGCUGCCGGGCGACACACUGCAACCUGCCUGCACAGAUCCAGGAGCCUCGCACCAGUGUUGAGCUGCGCUGUGCCUUCCAGCAGUGUCUGGUCUACUGGCAGCACCCUUCCUUGUCCUGGCUGCCGCUGUUCCCUCGCAUUGGUGUCGAGAAGAAGCUCUCUGGGAAGAGCAUGCCCUGGUUGCAGGAUGAGGCUCUGCAACAGAGCCUGAUGAAUGACUGGUCGCAGAGUGUCACCUCCCUAUACAGCCUGGUGCGGGCGCGCCUCUGCCCCUACUUCUACCUUUGCACUUACCAGUUCACUGUGCUGUUCCGUGCUGCUGGCAUGAGUGGCACUGACGGCAUCACGGCUGUGCUGUCGUCCACCACACUGGGGCUACGGGAGGCCAUGCGGGCUGAGGGAAUUGAGUUCACACUUCCCCUGCUGGAGGAAAAGAAGAAAAUAGAAGAUCAGGGUAAACAUGAAUACACAGAAGAACCAUAUACAGAACUUAAGGAGCAGAGUGAAGCAGAGGAUGAUGAUGAUGAUGCCAGUUUUUCCUGGCUGAAGGAAAUGGGUGUACAGGACCAGAUAAACAAACCUGAUUCUGUGUCCAUUAAACUCCGUAAGGAGCACAGGGAGGUGCAGCUGGACCGCAGGCCCCAGUCGAUGGUUCUGGUGAAGGGUACCGACACCUUCACGCUCCUCAAUUUUUUCAUCAACUACAAAAACUUGGUGGCAGCUUCGGGAGUGCAGGCAGGCCUGCCCCCUACACUGCUAGCCCCUGUGGCAUUUCGGGGAGCUACACUGCAGACACUUAAGGUUCGCAGUGUGACUGUGAAGACCCAGGUGCAAAAUGGAUACCAGGAUAUGUUCAGCUUGGAAGUCAGCGGCCCUGUGAUGCCUCACACUCUCCAUGGCUUGAGUCAGCUACUGCGCAUUGCUCAGAGAGGUCGCUUCUCUGUGGGGCUGUACACCCACGAGCCCACCGCUGUGCUUAAUACCUCACUUGGUUCCCCCAGGAUGGACACACAACAGGAGAAGCUUGCUCAGGAGUUGGAAGCAUGCGGCUUGGCCCUCAGCACGGUGCAGCAGUUAGCGGAGCCAGCUCGCUUGGGCAGGUCUGUGCUCAGGCAGCUCGACAUGGAUGACUACUCCUACUCGUGGAGGACCUGAUGAAGUCCCACAUGGCCUGCUCCUUUCCCUAGGGGCUUGAUCCUCUAAGAUCCCAGCACUGAAUCACCUUCAUUGGACCUAGUUUCUAACAUUCUGCACUGCUGGUACAGCCUUAUGCUCAGGAAGCUCUGUACAAGCAAGUGGAGCAGGGCCUGGGCUCCAGCAGUCAGUAGGAGCACGGCCAGCUCUGGAUACCAAUAAGGCCCUCGGAUGCACAUAGAUCUCCUCAAUCUAUGUCAAUGUUCUUUAUCUGCUGUAGGACCUAGUAGGCACCCGACAGCUGCGGAAGGACAUUUUUACAGAGUGAUCGACACAUCAACUCUUCUGCAGCAGGUGAUAGAUACACAUUUCAUAAGGCCAUCAGGAGUAUGGCUGCUGUUGCAAUACAGAAUAACCUGCCUGAUGGAGGAUUUCCACAUACAUGGAUUUUGUGAUUAAACUGAUUUUAAACUAACUACACUUUUGUAAAAUUCUGCUGCUGGUGUGCUUGAGGGACACUGUCAGUUGAUGGUCUUAGUUUAAAAGAAGAAUGUGACAGCUGUCCACAAUUUAACAUUUAACUUUUUCUUCACAAAUACAUGCAUGUUGAGCUAUG